AUGGAAGUAGGGGAACUGCACCUGGAGCGGGCAUUGGCCUCUCUUUCUCGCAGUUUUUUGUUUUUUUCUCUGUCUCCAGACUGGGCUUCUGUCGCUAGAGAAGCAGCAUUAGCAGCAGAAGCAUUUCAUGCAGCAGGCCUUUGCUGUCGCGAAGCGAAGGCUCUGAGACUCUGCGCUCAGGCAGAACGCAAUUUAGGCAAGCCGAGGGCUGCAGGCAAAGCCAUGCAGAAGCUAGGCGAUUUGAUGAUGAAGGAAAAGAAGGCUGCGCGACGCAGCAGCAACAGCGGAAGCAGCAAGAGCAGUGUUGGAGGCGCAGCAGCAGCAGCAUAUGAGGAGGCAAUGCAAUGCUACGGAGAGGCCAUUUGCUUUUUUCGUGCAGCAGGGGCUGUUGACCUGGCGGUGCCGCUGCUCCUGAAAGUUUCUGCAAAACGCGAGCAAGAGAAAACAGACAAAGGGUUUGGUUUAUGUGCUGAGGCAUAUGAAGAAGCCCUCCAUCUCCUAAUCACCAAGCACGACCUGCAACAGGCCGAUGAAGUGUACAGGCACUAUAUCUGUAGUCUCGCUCUGCGCAGCAGCUUUCUGGGGAGCCCGGAGUUUGCUGCUGGGGCUGCUGCAGUGGACGCGUCGAAGGUGGGAGACAACGUGCGCCUCGCUGAAGCCCUCGAAGCUCCUGUCUUCCGUUUAUUGCUGCCUCCUGUUGCAGCGCUAGCAGCACAAAGAGCAGCUGCAGUGAGAUGCUGCAGUGGAGCAAACAGCUCCAGAGAGUUCAACGAAAUCGGGUUCUCUGGGGAGGCAAUCGAUCUGCUCCUUAUGAGCGAGACGCAGGCCCUUAACCCCACACCCUGA